GGACGGUACGGGAAUGGGACCGUGACUACAUGGAGAACGUGUUCUGGGGCUGCAGCUCACCCACACUCUGCUCCACUGACCCUUUUGCAGGGACCAUGGAGAGCAAGUGCUGAGAUCGAGUGCUUGGCAGAAGCAGCAGCGGGCUGGUGAAGAUGGAGAAUGGCACAGGAGACGAGCAGAACCAGACUGGGCUGCCAUUAUCAGGCCAGGAGAGCAUUACCGCUGAAUACCAAGUGGUUACCAUCCUCUUGGUCCUCCUUAUCUGUGGGCUGGGAAUCGUGGGCAACAUCAUGGUGGUUUUGGUGGUCCUCAGAACCAAGCACAUGAGAACUCCCACCAACUGCUAUCUGGUGAGUCUGGCCGUGGCAGAUCUCAUGGUGCUUGUGGCUGCAGGACUGCCCAAUAUCACAGAGAGCCUGUACAGAUCCUGGGUGUAUGGCUACGUCGGGUGUCUCUGCAUCACUUACCUGCAGUACCUGGGAAUCAACGCUUCUUCUUUCUCCAUCGCUGCCUUCACCAUUGAGAGGUACAUAGCCAUCUGCCACCCGAUCAAAGCUCAACUCCUAUGCACUUUUUCAAGAGCCAAAAAGAUAAUUCUUUUUGUUUGGGCUUUCACCUCCAUAUACUGUAUGCUCUGGUUUUUCUUGCUAGACCUUAAUACAGUAGCCGACAAAGAGACUACUGUUGUGUCCUGUGGCUACAAGGUCUCCAGGAGCUAUUACUCUCCUAUCUACAUGAUGGACUUUGGUAUAUUUUACGUUGUGCCAAUGGUAUUGGCCACUGUCCUCUAUGGCCUAAUUGCUAGAAUACUGUUCCUGAACCCCAUCCCUUCAGACCCAAAAGAAAACUCUAGGACCUGGAGCGAUGAUGUGGCUCACCAAGGCAAGCCUGUGAAUCCCAAGAUGACUAACAGGAGUUUCAAUAGCACUAUUGCUUCUCGAAGGCAGGUUACCAAGAUGCUGGCCGUGGUUGUGAUCCUGUUUGCAUUCCUGUGGAUGCCCUACCGCACCCUGGUUGUGGUCAAUUCCUUUCUCUCCAGACCCUUCCAAGAAAACUGGUUCCUGCUAUUUUGCAGAAUCUGUAUUUAUUUAAAUAGUGCCAUCAAUCCUGUAAUUUAUAAUCUCAUGUCCCAGAAAUUCAGAGCAGCCUUCAGAAAAUUGUGCAGCUACCAGCAGAAACAGGAGAAGAAACCUGCCAGUUACAGCAUGGCCCUAAAUUAUAAUGUCAUCAAGGAUUCUGAUCAUUUCAGCACUGAGCUAGAAGAUAUUACCAAUACCUACCUGUCCUCUACAAAACUGUCCAUCGGUGAGACGUGUUUGUCAUCCAAGGGCCCACCUUGUUCUGAGUAUGCAGCCAUAUAAGAUGUUCGGAUGCUCUGUACCCACCAACUGUAUGAACUGUAAGGACAUUUCUGUUCACAGAAUUCCAGAAUCUAACAUAAAUCUUUACCUAACUGCCUCUGCCUUACAAGAAAAUGCAGCAUCUUGGGGAGUGAAAACAGUAUAUUACUGAGGCUAACUGAAGUAGUUAACACAACCUAAUUUUAGGCAGGUGAGUUGGCUUCAGCAGAAUACUUAAAUCCUUCUUCCCAUUAACUGAAGAGUGGUGAGUGAUCUCAGAAUGAGCAAGGCUUGCCAGGACAUGUCCAUGGACACAGAGCAGGCAGUGGAUGAUAGUCCCUGUGAAGGUGAGAGGUGAGGAGAGGAGCUGCUCUGAUGUGUGGCUGUGCUGGGCAUCACCCAGGGGACCUUCCAACAGCAGCCAAAAUUGCUGCUAAUAGCAGUAAUUACCUGCCAGUGACUCCCUCAUCCCACUUCUGUGCAGAUCUCAUUGCAGCCAUCAUAGCAUGCUUCAGUAAACAGGUAUCUGGUGGCAAAGAGCACAAAAUAUUUCUUUUCUUUGGUUUAGUUUUACCUUGAGCAGUGUGAAAUGAGAUGAACGUUCAAUGAAUUUGCAGCAGGGAACAAACAAAUUAAAAAGUCAGUAGGAAGCAUUUAAAAUAUCUUAUUUUUUUCAGCAAUCAUGUUUAUAGAUGUACCACUUAAAUAUGAGUCUCAGCUAUUACUGAAUCCUGUUGGAACUUGACAGAUAUUGAAGAAUAUGCAACAGGCUUUUACCAGCUCCUUUUAUCUUGGUUCAAUACCAAUUAUGUCUAAGAGAACUAGAAGGGGUUUAGAGCUUUAAUAUUGAAAAUAUCUGGGGGAAAGAGGAAAAUUCAGAGAAAAAAUGACACUUUUAAAAUGAUUUGCCUCAAAGUUUGUCUAGUGGAAUACUUUAGGGCAUAAAGUGUUGUCAGGAGAGAAGUCAUCACUGGAAAGUGUCUGUGUAUUCCUGUUAGGCAUGAACAUUUUCCAUAGCUUUUGUACAUGACAUUUAAAAACCUCUGAAAACCCGAUCCACAGAAUAACAGAAUAAGCUGAUUUGGAAGGGACUCAGAAGGAUCAUCGAGUCCAGCUCCCAGCCCUGCACAGCUCCAUCCCCAAGAGUCCCAAACCUGCCCAGUGUGAGUAAAAGAGGUGGCCUCUAAGCAUUGUAAAGCUUUCCUAUCCAGUAUUCUUUUGCCUACACAGCCACUUCCCUAAUUCAAGCCACUUUCACUAAUAUUCAACUAUAUUUGCAAACUUAAAGAGAACUAAAAAUACCCUGACAGACCUCAGAUUUGAAUGUUAGGACCGUGAACCUGUGUCUAAAGCAUCCAAAGGACUCGAUUGGGCUUUCUCUACAUGGCAAGGAGGAAGCGAACAAAUUGCCCAGAGAGGUUGUGGAGUCUCCCUCACUGGACAUAUUCAAGAACUGUCUGGACCCAGUCCUGUGCCCUGGGAUGGCCCUGCUUGAGCAGGGAGGUUGGACCAGAUGACCCACUGUGGGCCCUUCCAACCUUACUCACUCAGUGAUUUUGCAAACAGUCCGUAUCCUGCUCUGUCCGUGCCCUUGCUUUAUCUCUUGUUUUACCUUUGCAGAGCUCCACAGGCACUUUCCAGCUUGGCAGAUUGAUGGCAGGGACCAGCAGCAAGGAGGUUUUAACCAGCAGUGUAGGUGUGACAAAAUUCCAGAAGCUGGCGGAGCUUUGUCUGGAGCAGAGCCAGCAGUGGGACCCAAGCAGGCCAUGUUGCAAUCUUGCCCAAAUCCUCUGCAUUUCCCAGCUUGCCAGGUUGUCUGUCUGAGCAGCACAGGCCACCAGGCAGGCACAUGCAGCGGGGUCUAUUGCAGUGCAGAUGCCUAAACCCCCAGAGGACUGGAAGGGGAGUGUCCUGACUGCUUUUACAAUAAUAAGGAAGAACUAAAAUGACAGAGUAAGUCACCUGUCAGCCAAGUAAGCAAAGCUGGCUGGGGCUCAAGAGUCAGAGAGAAGGAUAUCAAUGUAUUCUCGAAUUAGUAUUGAGCAAUUCAUUAAUCUUAUAAAUACAAUUCUGUAUCUGUGACAUACCCUUUGGGCAACCCUUUCCUUUGUGGAACUUGAUGUGAAAAUACAGAGUUCUGUAGCAUUUUAUCACUUACACACUUGUUUAAAGCUACAGUUUGUUUUAAGGUAAAAGUCAAGGAGAGACCACAACUUGUUCAACAUUUCCCCCAAAGCACCUGUCACAGAACAAUUAAAUCACCUGUGAACCUUACACAGGAAUUUAUGGUUGCUUAGCCAAGAGACAUUCAAAGGAAAGGCAAGUUCCUGUGUGUGACUGAGCAAAGUCUUUGUGUGCCUUUGCAAACCCUUUGGAUGAAGCCAGCGCCGCUUGCAGCUGCUGGGAGCUGAUUCCUGCUCUGAGAGGAGGGAGAGGCUGCAAGGCAGCACCGGUGGAGCUGAUGCCUGGAAAUCCUUCUGCUCUUCACAUGCUGUUUUCAGUCAGGCACCUAUUCAGUGCUUUCAGAGAAGGCCCUGCUUUCCAGAAUUUCUCAGGAGGUGCUGGAAUUAGUUGCUUUUCUUACUUAAAAAGCGAGCUGUGCAGGACUAGCAUCAGGCAAAGAGAGAGUUCCAUGGAAACCUGGCUGUCUGGUGAGGAGCACAACUGGCUGGGUAAAAACUGAGCUCAGUUUUUGUAUAAUAACAGGAAUACAACUUACACUUUUAUCUUAACACUUCCAGAGAACACACUGCAUUACAGCUUUUAUAGACCAACUGUACCAGAAGUGGAUUCUCUCCUUUAUUUGCCUUUUUUGCUCAAAAAGUAACUAUCUGCUUUCUCAGCCUCUACUCCACCAGAUGCUCAGGUGUGGUAUUUAAGCCCUUAUUCUUUGUGAUGCUUCAUCAAGGGUUAAAAUCUGGAUAGGUGAUUUUGUAUCCACCAUCACCGGGAAUAACAAAAAUUAAAAGAAAUUAUUUCUUUCUGAUAUUUAUUUGUGCUAACAGAAAUUAUUAUGAUUGCAAAAUGUGUGCAAAACCACAAUGUUUAAAAUUGCAUAUUUAAGCUAAGGUGUGAUAUUUAACUGAUAAUGUGAUGUGACUGUAUCUUUAUAGAUGUUAGUUGUGAAAUCUGUGCUAAUUUCAUACUGAUAUACCGCUAACACUAAAAAACUUUUUCAGUCAUCAAGCUAAUGUGACUUUCUGUUUACCCUUCUGUUUAGAACAGCAAUCAAUCUUUUUUCUUGUUCUCAGAUGUUGUAAAUCAUGUAUGUGAACGUCUAUUUUUUAAAACAUUCUGUGGUUUUAAAUUUAUUGAUAAUGAUAUCAAUUUUUUUUUUUUGCUAGAAGCAAAAGUGGCUGAAUGUCAACUACUGACUGCAGUAAUAUAAAUAUCUUUGUAUAUUUAUUUUGUGGAUAGCAAACUCCUUUGGAACAUUUAGUCUGAAAGAAUUAUCUGAUUGGUAGCAAUACUGAAAUCCAUGCCUAUAUCUUUAUUUAACAACUUUUAUGUAAGGUAUUGCAUUCUUAUUUGACUUUUAUUUAGAAAUUUAUCCAGAAUGUGACAGAAGAGGUCGUGCUUUUGCAUCUGGCUUAGGGAGCUAUGCCUCUUCCUGUCUGAAAUGCUGAGAUUUCAGAACCUUCAGUGAAGGGAAAUUGUGCAGCUGAGAAAGGUCAGGUGUAUUUGUAACACACUUUGGUUCAAAUUAUCACACAAACUCCCUGAGUUCAGAGUAAAGGACAUACCAAAGAAGCUCCAACAUGCUAUAAAAGGGUUUAUGAUGC